AUUCAGUUCAAGAGCACAGACAUUGUACACCCCCCCCCCAGCGCCUCCCGAGGCCCAGAGCUGGACUGCUGGAAAUAAGUGGAAUCAUUUUGCCUUUUUAAGGCUUUAAAUAUUUUUCAGUUUGCUUUUGUUUUGGCUUUAAUUAAAGUUUUGUUUUGGUUUUGUCUUGCCCAUUUCAUGCAUUUGGGAGUAGAAUUGCUGAUUAGUUCUUACCAACAAAUUUCUCUGCUAUUCUUGCAAUUGUCUGAUCAUCAGUUAGAUACGAUUUUGUCUUCAACCAGAGAUGGGUUUCAUUGAUCAAGGCACCAAAUAAAACCAGAAUUGAUAUCUUUGACAAUGACAUUUUGCCUGUUCUGACUUCAACUUCCAACCAACUACUCGGUACUCCCAAUUAUAGUACACGUACAUGCAUGAAAUCACGUGACAGUGUACUGGUAUCAGGUGACCUAGUAAAGUAGUAAGCAUUUAGGAUGGAGAUUUUUCUCCAAAAUACCGAUUACUCAUUGCUAUAUUUGGAGAAAAUACAGCUCACGAACUUUUUAAAGCUAUAGAUCUAGAUGAAUUGUUUACUGCCAAAAAAAAGAAAGAAGAAUUUAAUCGACGACUUUGACUUUAAGUUUAUGUACAGUACCGUACAUACAGUACAGAGAACUAGAGACGUCAGAGAAAGCUCCAACGAUGCUCCCACGUGGUGUUUUGAAGAUGGCGUCAGUCAAGCUGAGACUGAUUGAGAUGAGAUCGAGACGAGUUUGAGCCACGAUUUCCCAAUCAAACUAACAAGAGAUUUAACAUUCGAAAGUUUUCAACCGUUUAAAAAUGACUGAAAAGGCUGGAGACGAAAUGAUGGUCACGGAUGUGCCAGGAUUCACCAGUGUGAACGAUUUUGCUCAGAAAGCCCUUGGCAAGCUGAAGGUAGCCACCAGAACCGCAAAUGAACUACCCUCUGCCGGUGAUGACUACGACUUCUACUCCAGUUACGAAGGAUUCAGGCAGUUCUGCAAUUCGCAGGGAGACAAACUCCUGGAAAGUAUCCAGAGGCUAGCAGGACAGCAAGGAGCCGGUGGAAGUCAAGUUGGUCUCAGCAGAAUCCUCGAGCUUGAGGAUCGAGUAGACUCUCUCAUCGAGACCAAUGAUACACUUCUUGAAAGUGCGGGUGCGUUGUUGGAUGAAGCAGAAGGCAUCAGCAAGCCGGCCCAGACUUUCUCACCUGGCGUAUCUAAACCACAACUCAUCGUCACCAGCUGGAACAAAAAGAAAUCAGAAGCCAAGGACCAGAAGUCUAGGAACUUCCGUUUGAUGCAUGCAAGGAACAUUGCAAGACCUCAGCUCAAGUUUAAAGACAAGGUUGAUAACACCAACAGACCAUUUGUUCCUGUCAUCACAAGCAAGCCCAAUGCAAUCAAACCACUUCAAGAAGUGUUUGAUACUGUGAAGAAGUCAUCUUUGAGAGAAACUGAUUCAUUGUCUCCUCCCAAACGGGAUAGUGAAACCCAGACUGAAGUGUACCCCCAUCCCUACCAGUAUGAGCUGGAUCACUUUGAACCCCACCCAUCUCAGCUGGAACCGGUAGACGACCCAAGUUACGCCCCCAUGGAGGCCACGCCCUUCACUCUUGUAGACAGUGUCAAGAAGCUAAAGGAGCUGAGUCAGAGUCUUCAAAAUUCCAAAGAGAUCGCUGUUGAUUUAGAGCAUCAUUCAUACCGGUCUUAUCUCGGUUUCACGUGUCUGAUGCAAAUCUCUACAGCUGAUCAAGACUACGUAGUGGACACUCUAGAGCUGCGGAGUGAUCUUCAGAUGCUGAACGAUGCUUUUACUGAUCCAAAGAUUGUCAAGGUCUUUCAUGGAGCCAACAUGGACAUUGACUGGUUACAGAGGGAUCUAGGUCUGUACAUCGUCAAUAUGUUUGACACUCAUCAGGCAUCAAGAUCACUAGGAUUCCCUCACCACAGUCUGGCUAGUCUACUCUCAAGGUACUGUCAGGUCGAGGCUGAUAAACAGUACCAAUUAGCAGACUGGAGAAUAAGGCCUAUCCCAGAAGAGAUGCUUCACUAUGCAAGAGAAGACACACAUUACUUGCUGUACAUCUAUCACAUGAUGAAGAAUGAACUGAUAAAACGAGGCAAUGAUCAGAAGAAUCUGCUCAGGGCUGUCCUCGAUCAGAGCAAGAGAAUAUGCAUGCAGCAUUACAACAAGCCAAUCUUUACGGACUCUUCACAUGUAAUAGCAUUCAACAAGAAUAGAAAGACCUUCAAUAAAAAACAGAUGCAUGCGUUCAAGAAAUUGUUUGGUUGGAGAGACAGCAUAGCCAGGCAGGAGGAUGAGAGCACGGGAUAUGUUCUUCCAACCCACAUGAUGUUCCAGAUAGCCGAGAUAUUGCCAAAGGACCAAGGUGGAAUCCUAGCUUGUUGUAACCCAGUUCCUCCGUUGGUGAAACAGAACAUCAAUGAGAUACAUCACUUUAUCUUAGAAGCUAGAGGUUUCCAGGCCAACAAGACCGGAAAGGUGAAAAAGGAGGUGUUUGCUUCCAAAACCAAUACCUUCUCCGCCCCUGUGAUCGACCCCCUGGAGAGCCUGCUCUAUUGCCCUCAUGACCAUAACAUGCACCAAGAAGGUCAAAGGUCAACCAAUGACCUCUCCGGAUCAUCAGCUAUAAGUGCCUCAUCAUCCAGUCUCUUUGGCGGUGCCACGCCCACCCAGCCAAAGGUAUCGGUAGCCACGCCCAUCAUCACAAUCUUUGACACGCCCCCCAGUGACACUCAGCAGCUGGAUGCAAAGAGGAGCGAAGCACAGAAGGUGCAGCGGUUAAAGGCCUUGUUUGCCAAUCCAUUUGAAAUGUAUCUACCCUCCGAAAAAGUGAGACAGAUUUCCAAAGAAUUUUUGGAUGCGGACAAGAUCACCAUGGACGGCAAGACAUCUCAACCGAAGGAGAGCACAACCUUCCAACCUCUGUCUGUCUGGAUAAUGAAGAAGGCCACAUCCAAACCCAUCCCAGAGAAAGAGCUUCCAACCGAUCCCGGAACCUAUGAAACUCCCAUCGUCUUCAACCCAGAUGCUGCUAAGAAGAAGAAGUUGAUGGAGGAGAAAAAGGAAGAGGAGGCAGAAGAUGAAACAGUCCCUGUUAGACAAAUGGUUGAUAAGUCCGCCAAGAAGAGGAAGCAUUCAUCCAAUCCCAGCGGAGAGACCCCCAGACCAAAGAAAGAUAGAAGGGGAGAACAUGCCGAGAGGAGCGUGGGAAAUCAUCGUCAUGGUAACCAAGAUGGAAACGAGACAGAGGAGAGGGUCAUAGAGCCGUUUGAUUACAGCAAAGUAGAUUACAACAUGUUUCAAGAAUCCCAGCAUUCCAGAGGAAGAGGAAGAGGACACCGAGGUCGUGACAGAGGUCAAAGAGGUCAUAGAGGUCAUUCGAAGGGUCAUCCCCGCCCCAAGGUUCACCAGGAUGGAGGUCGAAGCAUGACUUACACUAAACACCAUAGCAACCGAGGUGGUGGAAACAGAGGUUCGAGGGGUCACUGGCCAAGAAAUCAAAGGAGAUAGCAGCUUGACCAGGCAGUAGGGUUCGUCAAUCUGACAAAUAGAAACUGGACAAAAGACCAUUUGACCAGUGUGGCCUAUUAUGAUCAAGAAAAUAAAGGAGGUAGCAGCUUGACUGGUCAGUUAGGUUUCUUAAUCUGACCAUUUGAAACUGGACAUGAGACCAUGCAACCAGUCUGACUUCUCUGGUCAAGAAAUGAAAGGAGAUACACAUUGCAGCUUGAACAGUCAGUAUCUGACCAUUUGAAAAAAAAGACAUAAGACCAUGCGACCAGUGGGGCCUAUUUUUGUCAAGAAAUCUGUGGAGAUACGAGCUUGGACAGUCAGUAAUGAUUAUAAAGGCGUUUUGAUUAAGCUCCAGAGUUUUAGCAGGCAGAUUGAUAGUGAAUUUUUAUGCCUCCACCCAUUUAGGCGGUGCCAGAGACAUUUAUUUUUGUCAAAUUUCUGUUAUGAUGUUUGCGCCAUCCACAGGCAAAGUCAAUUUCAGUGAUGUCAACAUGAACUAUAUAUGUGAAAUAACCAUGGAUUCAUAUUCUUGAUUACUGCAUAAUAUCUACAAUCUUUGUUUAAAAAAUACUCUAAUAUCAAGUUAUUACUUGAGUCUACACUUUCGCAGAAAAGGGUAGAAUACCCCCUUCCCCUUACAAAACAAAGGUUUUAUAUUCUACUCCUAAGUCAAGAAAAGGGGUAUUGCCUUGUGGUUGAUAGAGGGAAAACCAUGUAUGUUCUCAUGAAAAAGGAUGUGAUUUACUUUUGGAGUUAUAGAGUUUCUGGCCCUUAGAUUAAGAGUUAUUGAAUAAGUGUUAUAUGGAUGAUCAAAGAUGAGUGCCAAGAUGAUUUCAAAGUUUGGUUUACCAAUGACAAUAUUUCUUUCCACCAAUUGCAUGAAUGCUGCUCUAUUUCUCCCUCCUCUCAUUCAUUACUCUAUUAACACAACAAAAGUUGUAUGUUUUAUGUGUACAUAGAUGUUAUUGAAUUUCAUAUUUUCAUCCCAAAGAGUAACACUCAUUAAUAUACCCAAGUCUUAUCUCUUGGGUCUAUUGCAAUGUGUUCCACCUUAAUAAUAGAAGAUUGUGAACAAUACAUACCAGUUCUUUGCAUGUGAUGGUCUAAAAAGUACAUUGACUAGACAUAUGAAGGUCAACUAUGGAGACAUUAAUGUGGACCUUGCUGUAGAAUUUACAAGUGGUAGUUCCUUCAAGAGCUUAAUUCUGUUUAUGCUAGAAAUACAUACAUUGCUCUUUUUUUCUCACUCUACUUUACUUGUAUACAACGACAGUGACAUUAUUUUAGACAGUGAUUAUUUCAUUGGGCUUUUAUAUAGUUGAAAAAUUAUAAAUCUCAUGCUUUUAGUUUUUCAAGAUCUGACCAAAAUGAAUAUAUAUGUAUAACCUUUUCAAUUAACCAGGUCUUAGUAUUUUAUACAAAAAUUAUGUAACUCCCAGAAAUGUUAUUGGCACUGUCCUCCUACCCCCCCCCCACCCCAGCUCAUCACUUUUUAUUCUUUCGAGUUCAUUAUCAUAAUGUUUUUGAAGUGUUAUUGCCCUCAGGUUCUUAGCCAUAAUGGAGCAUUUUGGGCUUUCAACUGACUAAGGUUUCAUUGUUACCUAGAUGUCACAUUUUAAUAGAAAUUGAAUGAGAAUUGAAAGAUAGCCACACUACACUUUUGGGCUGGGGUUCAAAACACACAAUAUGUCCAGGCUUGUUUGAACUGUAAUCCUCCAUUUAUAUAGACAGUCUGAAACUUUGAAUAUCUGUAAAAUAGUAAUGAAUCUAACAGAAGACAGGUCAAAGAAAAACUCAGUUGAGAAUACUAGUAAACAAUCAAGGUAAUUUUGAAGUUAUUUUUUAAAAUACUCCAACAGCUUCAAAAUUGCCCAUUUUUUUUUUAAAUCUAUUUUUAUUACUUCACGUGCAUUAUCUCAUUGAGUUUAUGGAUGAAACAAUUAUACAAUACACAUGCUAAUUUUAAACAA